AGCGCAGCGCUGCAUCAUGACACUCCACUGGACUUAAGCAAUAAGGAUAUCCGUCUUCACACACUAAACUGACGUUCACCGCUACAUUUUUCCGAGACAAAAAGUUUGCCAAAGCUGUCCACUUGUUUUCCAAGAUGCCACGCUCUUUUCUGGUCAAGAAACACAUAAACUCCGCAAAGAAGCCAAAUUAUAGUGAGUUGGAAAGCCCAACAGUGUUCAUCACGCCGCACAUCUACAAGGGCCUCCCCCUGCCCGUCAUCCCCCAGCCGGAGAUCCUGAGCCCGGCAGCGUACAGCCCCAUCACGGUGUGGACUACCAGCAACUUGCCGCUGUCUCCGCUCCCCAGUGACCUCUCCCCCAUCUCUGGAUACCCCUCGUCGCUCUCCGACACCUCCUCUAAAGACCACAGCGGCUCUGAAAGCCCUAGGAGUGAUGAAGACGAGCAGAUGCUGCCCAAGCUCACAGACCCUCACGGAGUGGAGGCAGAGAAAUUCCAAUGUAGUUUGUGCAGCAAGUCGUACUCCACGUACUCUGGACUGCUCAAGCACAAACAGCUGCACUGCGACGCCCAAACGAGGAAAUCCUUCAGCUGUAAAUACUGCGAGAAGGAGUAUGUUAGCCUCGGAGCCCUCAAAAUGCACAUCAGGACUCACACUUUGCCUUGUGUUUGCAAAAUAUGCGGGAAAGCUUUCUCCAGACCGUGGCUUCUCCAAGGACACAUCAGGACGCACACCGGAGAGAAGCCGUUCUCCUGCCCUCACUGCAACAGGGCGUUUGCAGACAGGUCCAAUCUCAGGGCGCACCUACAGACCCAUUCGGAUGUGAAAAAAUACCAAUGCAAGAACUGCUCCAAAACCUUCUCCAGGAUGUCUCUUCUGCACAAGCAUGAGGAAUCUGGUUGUUGUGUAGCACACUGAUCUGGGAUACUUUUCCACCACCAGAAAAAACCCCUCUGUUACUUCUUCCUUAUUUUUGUCCAAGCCCAGGAGAACUGUCAGGGAAUCAUAUCGAAGGGGGGUUUGUUCCCUAAUAUGCAGACUUUUUUUUUUUCUACGACCGGUCGAUUUCAUUUCAGAGUAAGAAAUAGCUCUGUGCUCACGUGCUUCUCGUUUCAAGCAGUGUUUCUGUGAUUGCAAUCAGUGUCGAGCUUUGUCAAACCAUGUACUCACCUACCUGUGCUAUUCAUGCACUUUUCUGCAUGUCUAGAAUGUUUUAUAUGCCUACACAAUGUUAUCUUCAGUGUUUGUACCAAUGUC